UCGCCGUUGCUUCGGUGCUCCAUUCACGAAUUCGGCGUAUCCUCGUAAAAACGGUCUCAAUUACGUUCAAUCUGUUAAAUUAAGUGUAAUCUGACACGAGUAGAUUGGAAAAUGUCCCCCGAAUAUGAAAAAAUAUAACGUAAUAUGUACGUUAUUGUAUUUAAAGAUAUUAAGGACGCUAAAAAUCGCCAUCAAUACGCUAAAGAGGUCGUCAUUAUCACGAAUGAUCUUGAAAAAUAAACAUUUUCAUGGAAAUAUUUUUGAUGAGGUUUAAAGUAUAAUGCCUUAGCAACCGUAUGAGCUAACUCAUUUCUUCAAAUUUGGUAUACAAUAAAAAUAUUGGUCCAUUAACUUAUCGUGGUGCUCGUUUUAGCCAAUAAAUUGUACUAGUCGGGUUUCUUCAUUUUUAAUGUUUGCAGAUUGUCAGUGAUGUUCUUUUAUCAAAUAAAUGAUAUUCAAUCUGAAAAAAGACGAACCCUACUAAAAACAGUCAUAUCAUUUUUAUAUAAUUAAACCAUGUAAAAUAGACAUUUUAAAUACGAUGUUUACGAUUAAGACAUAAACUUAACGAUUUUAAUAAAACAAAAGCUUUUAUAAGGUCAUUAAGGAAGAUAAAGUUUCAAUUGUUUAUUUCUACACCGCCUCGACUCCUAUAAAAGGGCAUUGUUUCUAAAUAUAAACGUCAAAUGAGGUAAAGUUAUUUAUCAGUUGACAACGAAUCUAAGAGUCUAAUCCUUGUUUUUUACAAGUUUCUUCUUGGACUGUCCGAAUUUGAACGACGAGCUUCAACAAGGACUGAGAAAAAUGUUGGUGCAAUAUUUUACAUUGUUUCUUGUUUCAUCUACAAUCAGUGGUACAGGUAUGUUAAAGCAUUCAUUAAUUUCCUUAAAGUAAUGUUUUGUGUAUAUAAUUUCCUUAGGAUUCGUGAAAGUCCGGCAUUGCUCGCCCCUUUCCGUAAAUUAUAUUCAUUUGAAAGGGACUAGAUGAUAAGAUCGACAUUCACGUUCCUUUAAAACACGUAAACACAUGAACAAACCUGACUAUUAAAAAAAAAUACGAAAAUAAGUUCUGUACUUGAUAAGAUCUUAAGGUUGUUGACAAAAGAGUAAAGUUAAUAAUCAAACGUAUUGUGUCAUGAUUUUAAAGCAUUACACUUUUGAUUUAUCGUAAAACUAGCUUUUCAUACUUUUCUGCAUCAUUGUUUAGUAUUAAGAAUUAUAUUGUGUCCACAUCUGCAUCGACUUGUGAUUUAAUACCCGUUAUACUACCGUUUUAUACUCACACCGAGUAGAUAUAAUUCUGUAAAAUAAUAUCGCGCAACUGAGCCACACCAUGCAGAUUUUAUUUUAUUAAUGAUAACCAACAAACACAUGCCUUAAUUUAAUGCGUACUUUGAUAUUAAUCUCUCAGUGAACGAGUAGGAUAAUAAAACAACCUGUAAGUUAAUAAAUAUUCAAAAAGUAUUAUUUAAACAUCUUUGCAAUUUCUAAAAUCACACUGAGAAUCAUCAAAAUAAUCAUUAUCAUAAUGUAUGAUUAUUAACAAUAUUUCAGCAUCUAUCUCAUGCUUCACGUGUUCUGAUGCACUUAGUUUGGGAGAAUGUAUGUCCAUUGAAACAUGCUCCGCAGGAGAGGUUUGUUACAAAAAACGAAAAUAUACCAGUCAAGUGCAGUUUAGUCUAGGAUGUAUUGACAAGAAGAAGUGUGGCGGAUUUGCUGAAAUUCAAAAUAGUUCGGAAGUUACAGUACAGAAAAUGAGUGCCGACAAAACUAGCUAUUGUUAUGAAUGCUGUUCGACAAGCAAAUGCAACAAAGAUAUUUGUACAUACCCUCCAAACUCUGAAUGCAGGGAUAGCAAACAUGUUGAUUGUGCUCAAAUGAACUCAAUGUUCAGUAUAUGUAAAGUGAAAAAUGAAGCCAAGAAAAUUUGUCCACGGUUUUGCGACCUGUGUAAUUUAGUUGAUGGUGGUUGGUCGUCAUGGUCACAGUGGUCAUCGUGUGACGUCACGUGUGGGAAUGGUUCACUGUUGCGGCAGCGUACAUGUAAUAAUCCGACACCACAAAAUGGUGGCAUUGACUGCCCAGGAAACAAAAUUGAAAAGAAAUCUUGCAGUCUUCAAUUUUGUCCUGUGCAUGGAGGCUGGAGUUCUUGGGGUGAAUGGGAAACAUGUUCCGCGACAUGUGAUACUGGAAUGCGCCGUCGGAUACGAUCAUGCACGAACCCACGUCCAGAGCGUUUCGGAAACCAUUGCUUUGGCAACAACGAUGAAGCCGAGUUGUGUAACAAUGGUCCUUGUACAAAAAAGGUUGCUUUUGAUGCAUACACAACAAAUAGCAAUGGUCACUACCCAGAUGGCAAAGUUCUCGUUUUUCCACAUAUCAACAUUAACGACGGACAAGGGUAUAAUCCAGCAACCGGCAUCUUCCAGGCUCCUGUUGCCGGGGUUUACCAAUUCACAGCCCAUGUUUGCCAAAAAGGAAGCAGGCAUAUGAUCAUUGGUAUCAUCAAGGGCACGAAGCAAAUUGCGGUCACCACGGGGUUUGAAAGUGUUACUUCAUCUUGCAGUUCCAUUAGUGCUAUUGCUCGGGUUGCCGUUAAUGAAAAUGUUUAUGUGAAGGCACGUUAUAGUGAUAGCUAUUUGCAGUCGGGUAUAUACAGAUGGCCUUCGUUCAGCGGAAUUCUUAUGUACAAUUAGGUUAAUUUAAGAAAUACUGAACUAAAAUCAGUAUAGGCUUUUUAAUCCAUAUUUUUUAAUUUCCUGUAAGAUGUCAAACUUUGUUAAAUAAUGUCUUAAUAAUGAAUACUGUGUUUUAAAACUAAAGAAAAUAGCGCUAAAUUUCAGUAAUGUUUUGUAAAGGCUUCAAAAUCUAUUUAAAGUAGUAUUUUUACUUCCAUACAAAAUACUAAUUCACUUUUAUACCGGUAUAUACCAAUUGCCAAAAGAGGUGAAGAAACAAAAUAUUGUUUAUGUAUAUACAUUACUGUAAAACAUUAGUCUUCUCUUAUUGCAUCUCACGUUGACAUAUAUACAUACAUGUAUAUGUAUAUAUGUCAACGUGAGAUGCAAUAAAAGAAGACUAAUGUUAUAUAUAUAUAUAUAUAUUUAGUUUAGUUUAUUCAAGGUGAUGCACUAUGUGCAAUCUAUUAAAGAUAAUUAUAUAAAAUUUAAGAUGAUUUAUUCGUAUACUGUAUACAGUGGAAUGAACCGGUCUACCCGUGGGUUUUAUGAUUUAUCGUAAUUUGAAUUACAUUAUUUUGAAUUCGUCUCGAGAGGGUAUGAACGCUUUGGUUGAUGUUGUUGUUAUGGUUUUAUUAUCAUAAUAGCUAAUAUUUACGUACGGUUAGAGAAAGUCAAUAUAGCAUUAAAUCGUUUAAUAUCUAUGUUAGUGGCUAUUACUUGUUACUUCUCAAUUAAAUUUCAUAGCCGUUUUAACCUGCGUUUGCAAAUUAUAGUUGUUGAAUUAAGGAAGUUAGAGAGUAACUAUUAACAAUAUUAUUUCUAUAUAAAACUCCAACGGCUAUUUAAUGAUUGUAAAACUUAGUGAGUUUAUGCUAUAAACUCGUGUGUACACAAAAAAAGAAUUAUUUUUUUAGAUAUAUACAUCAAUUUUGUAACUUGCAACUUAUCAACUUAUUUAAUAUUAUCUAUCAACAUGUCUGUUUCGUUUUAUCAUUUGAGACCCUAUAACUUUGUUUGUGUGUAUGUGUUUAUAGAUCAUCUAAUACAUUUUAUUUAUCAGCAAUGGACUUUUGUAGUUUCACAUUGACUUCAUAUAUUAUAUUUCAUGUAAAUUAACAGUUUAUUUUCCGUAUACGGAUUGAUAUCCACAAAAUUUAAUCGCCAUCGUUAUUUUUUUCUGGUUCCUCUUCAUGUUAUAUCAUAAUAAUGUAUUUCCAGAUUAUUCAAUGCCUAUUGUUUGGAAAUAUUGACAAAAGGCUUUUUAUUUUCAGGAUGUUUUUCGUUAUUUUUGUAAUUUAUUAUGAUUUACGCUUAAAAUUUUAAUAACAGUACAGAAAUGGAUACUUUAAUCAAAUAAUUAAAUACGGCUUGUUAUACAUCAAACACGUAAGGAUAUAUGA